UUCAUAAGAUAUCUCAUAGGUCGAGAAGAGUACUGUUACGCUAGUGAUGGGUUGGUGGUUCUGGAAGCGUCGGUCACAAAGAAGAAGCAUCCCUUACGAUUAUACCAUGGAUGCUGAGCUCAAGAUCAAGUUGCAUUGUGAGAAUUGUGCCAAAAAACUCAAAAAAGUUUUAAGCAAAUUAGAAGGAGUUGAAGACUGUUUAACAGAUGUGAUCAAUCAAAAAAUCAUGGUAGCUGGUGCUUUUGAUUUGGAGAGGAUGCUGAAGAUUAUCAAGAAAAAAACUGGUAAAAACGCAGAGAUUUUGGUGAUGACUAAGAGAUCUGAUGCAGUUCAAAAGGAAGAUAUUGAACCUGAUGCAGUCCAUACAAAUGAUGGUCAUGAACUAGUUCAUGAUGAAACAACUUCUUUAACUCCGAAAAAAGAAGAAAAUUCUGAAAACGAGAGCGAGGCGAGUUUAAUCGAAGUCGAGUUCAAGAUACCAUUUCUAGAUGCCGAGUUCGAGGAGUGCAUUAAGAAAGUUAUUUCCAAAUUCGAAGGGAUUACAUGGUAUGUGGUCGAUAAUGAAAACCAAAAGGUUGUGGUUACUGGUAGCUUUGAUGAAGAGAAAUUGUCGAAAAAGCUGAAGAAAAAGAUCGAUAAGAAGAUGGAAGAAGAAGAAUCCAAAAUUGCUGCAAAGAAGAAAGAAGAAAGUGAUAAGCAUGCCAAAGCUAAGAGUGAUGAUGGAAGUGAGAUAGCUAAGUACAUGAUGGUUGGUGAUGCAAAUCCUAACGCAUGUUGUAUUUCUUAAGAUGUAUUCGAGAAAACAAGUAUCCACCAUAUGGAACUUUGUUAUGGCAAUAGACUUUAUCUAUCUUGAGAUAUUUUAAUAUAUGUUUCAUCUUGAUAUUAAAUAAAGGGAAUAGAUUUGUA